ACCAUAUACUAACAUUAAGUUAUGAACCGAAGUGCAGUAUUUGCAGGUACAAGCGAAGCACAGCCUGUCACUUUGCGCGGUGCGUAUGCAUCGCAUCCCUUCUACUCUUUAAAUCUUACAAAUCUUCUUCUUUAUUCUAAACAAAUCGACUGGUUCGAAAAUGAAGUCUCAAAGUAUUCAACUCAUUAUCCUCUUCGUCGCCUUGUGUGCCCUGAGUGUACAUGCAGCUGAUAAAAACAAGCAACCCCCACGCUUGACCGAACAAGAAAAGAGACGUUUAGGAAAUCGAGAAAAUUGGGAGAAAGACCAGUGGGGUAAAGAUGGUUACAAUGUACGUACUUCUUCACCAAAAGGUAAUCAUCAAAUCAAAGGUGGUGAUCAUGAUGCUGGAAGCGCUUAUGGUUCGGGUUACAAUAGUGGUCAAGGUAGCGUUGGUGGCAGCAGUGGUAGUCAUGCGGACUCUUCCUCUGGCAGUAAGAGAAGUUUUAGCUUUUUCAGCCGUAACAAGAAUUAAGAGUAUCAGGAUCACAAUGUAGCUUCCUCAGAGAUAUUGCUGGUCAAUAAUCUCUCUCAGCUUGCUGCGUCCAGGCGAUAUUCAAGCUACUCAAAUUUUCUUUGCAAUUUUUUAUUUCUGCUUUUCAAGUCUCAGAAAAAAUCUUUAAAAUUCCAAAACAAAGUGAAGAAAAAAAGAUAUCUAUGUUCUAAUUCCUUUUAUCUCCUCUAUCCUUACUUAUCUUGUAUCUAUCUCGCUACCUCAUGACUUUUAAUCCGAUUCUGAACCCCAAACGACUGGU